AUUCGUUUCUUCAGGCUGUUUCAAUGCGUUGGAGAAUUUUAUGUGGCAUUUGCUUUGGGAUUGUGGGACCUUGUCAGUUCAAGAUUUGUCAGAUCUUGGCCCUGAUUGCGUUCAUCUGCAUAGAGACCAUCAUGGAAUGCUCCCCGUGUGAAGGCCUCUACUUUUUUGAGUUUGUGAGCUGCAGUGCGUUUGUGGUGACUGGAGUCUUGCUGAUUCUGUUCAGUCUCAACCUUCACAUGAGGAUCCCCCAGAUCAACUGGAACCUGACGGAUUUGGUCAACACUGGACUCAGCACUUUCUUUUUCUUUAUUGCUUCCAUUGUAUUGGCUGCUUUAAACCACAAAGCCGGAGCAGAAAUUGCUGCCGUGAUAUUUGGCUUCUUGGCAACAGCGGUGUAUGCGGUGAACACAUUCCUGGCCGUGCAGAAAUGGAGAGUCAGCAUCCACCAGCAGAGCGCCAAUGACUACAUCCGAGCCCGCACCGAGUCCCGGGACGUGGAUGGGCGCCCGGAGAUCCAGCGCCUGGACACAUGAGGGCCCAGCAGGGUCCUCCCUCAUCCUCGUGCCCGUCCUUUCAAUCAAGUUUUCUUUCCCUCGU